ACAUUUCUUCACUUAAGUUUCCCUCCCAGUUGCCCAGUGGGACAGUUGGGUCUCAGCACCUCCAGCGGCUCCAUCAAAACCACAAGCCAUCCAAAUAAUCAACCAGCCAUGAGCAAGUCCUACUCCUCCUCAGCCCAGUCUGCCUCCUCAUACCGCCGCACCUUCGGCUCAGGCGUGGGUUCUUCUCCAAUGUCUUCCCUCUUCUCCAAUGUAGGAGGAGGCCGCUCCUCAAGCCAUAUGUCCUCCAGGGUGUAUGAGGUCAAGAGCGCUGGCCUUCCCUCUUUCUCCAGCUACAGAGUGUCGUCUGGUGCCGGGGGAGCCGGGUACGGCUCCUCUACGGCCAUGCGCACCUACUCCGGCGAGAAACUUGACUUCAACUUGGCCGAUGCCAUGAACCAGGACUUUCUCAACACAAGGACCAAUGAGAAGGCCGAGCUUCAGCACCUCAACGACCGCUUCGCCACCUACAUCGAGAAGGUGCGCUUCCUGGAGCAGCAGAAUGCAGCACUGACGGUGGAGAUUGAGAAGCUGAGGGGCCGUGAGGGGCCCGGCCGUGUGGCUGAGAUGUAUGAAGAGGAAAUGAGGGAACUGAGGAGGCAGAUUGAGGCCAUGUCCAACCAACGUGCCCGGGUGGAGGUGGAGAGAGAUAACCUGGCUGAUGACCUGCAGAAACUUAAGCUGAGACUGCAGGACGAGAUUCAUCAGAAGGAAGAGGCUGAGAACAACCUGUCUGCUUUCAGAGCCGAUGUUGACAAUGCCACUCUGGCCAGGCUGGACCUGGAGAGACGCAUUGAGAGUCUGCAAGAGGAGAUUGCCUUCCUGAAGAAGAUCCAUGAAGAGGAAAUCCGUGAGCUGCAGAGCCAGAUGCAGGACACUCAGAUCCAGGUCCAGAUGGACAUGUCCAAGCCCGACCUGACCGCUGCUCUGAGGGACAUCCGCGUGCAGUACGAGGGCAUCGCCGCCAAGAACAUUGCCGAGGCUGAAGACUGGUACAAGUCUAAGGUGACUGAUCUGAACCAGGCUGUGACUAAGAACAGCGAUGCACUGCGUCAGGCCAAGCAGGAGAGCAUGGAGUACAGACACCAGAUCCAGUCCUACACCUGUGAGAUUGACUCCCUGAAAGGCACCAAUGAGUCUCUGCUGCGCCAGAUGAGAGACAUGGAAGGCCGCAUGGGCCAAGAGGCCUCUGGUUUCCAGGAUACUAUCUCACGCCUGGAGGAGGAGAUCGCUAAGAUGAAGGAUGACAUGGCCCGCCACCUGAGAGAGUACCAGGACCUCCUCAAUGUGAAGAUGGCCCUUGAUAUUGAAAUUGCCACAUACCGCAAGCUGCUGGAGGGAGAGGAGAGCAGGAUCACUACCACUGGACCUGUCCAGACUGCUUAUUCCUCCAUUGGAUUCAGAGAGACCAGUCCUGAGUCCCAGCGUCAGCGCUCACCAGAGGUUCACUCCAAGAAAACUGUUCUCAUUAAAACCAUCGAGACCCGAGAUGGAGAGGUGGUCAGUGAGUCCACACAGCACCAGCAGGACAUCAUGUGAACAAACAGAGGCAACAUUAGAACCUAUAAAUAAGAAUAAAUGAAAAAAAAAAAAAAUCAAAAAUAGACAGCUAUUUACAUUUUCCUUUCUUUACUACGAUGAUUAUUAAGCCGAGCCCAUUUUUAGAUGAGGAACACUGACCAAUUUGAAAGGAAAACGUUGAAUUAUAUACGUGGAUACAUGUAUCUUGAUACAACGCCAUAAUGCACUGCAUUAAUGAUAAACGAAAUAGAUGCGCAACAGAGGUGCAAUGCACUGCAUUCCAGUCAAUUCUUUCCACCUCUCAAAAAAGAAACAUUUGUCUAUAAAUAUAAAUCAAAGGCGAGAGCAAAGUUUAAAGUCACAGCGAACACUGAAUUGUUUCCAAGGUGCGAGACAGAUCAGUGAAACACUACGAUGUGAAUUAAUUACAGAACGUUAAGCUAAUCUUUCUGAGCUAAGUGCACACGUAUAUGACCUGAGUACGAAGGGCUGAUCUGAGGGAAGUGCGACGUCGGUCUGAGGUUUGAUUAAAUGUCAGAAGCACAAAUGUCUGAUGGAAAAGGAACUUUUGAGCUGUGCUGUUGUUUUCACAGUAUUGUGUGUGUAAGGGUAAUCAUGUCAAUGUUGAUGCACUGGGACAAAAUCUCAAUAAAUAAAGACAUUUAUUGUGAGCGCUCA